AUGCGACUAUCGAAUGCUGCAACGGCCGUUUGUGGACGUAUAAAAACUACUGUCGCUUCAAAAGAAAAAUUUCUAUUUUUAAUUCUUUUUCUUUUUUGGUUCGAUUCAUUUUUUUUCAUUCUAUUUCUUCUUCACUCUCUUCCAAUAAUGGAUAACCAAGAUCAGGGUAUUCUGCCAAUUCAGAUUGACUCCUUUCAAAAAAAUUACUACAUGAUCAGUAGGUUGGGAUAUGGCAGUUUUGGCUACGCACUAUUAGCCAAAUACAAAAAGAAUAUCAAUAAUUUUCUCGACCAAGGCAAAUUUUCUGUGGGGACUAUGAUGGAACCGAUUAGAAACGGCAAUCUCACAAAUGUAAGAUCCACAGGAUUAGUUGCUGUAAAAGUGAUGAAAACUCAGCUCAAGAACCCUUCAGAUUACUUACGUGUCAAUGAAGUAAAGUUCAUCCUUUCGAUUCCCUCGCAUCCAAACUUGCUUCAAAUAUAUAACCUAUUUAUUGAUGAGACAUCUGGAAAAUUAAACAUUGUGAUGGAACCAAUGAAUCAGAAUCUUUACCAAUUCAUUCAGAAACAUGUGGGAAGGCCGCUCUCGUCCAAAAUUGUUAAAGGAAUGCUUUAUCAACUUCUCAGUGCUAUUAGACACAUCCACAGCCAUGGGUAUUUUCAUCGUGAUGUUAAGCCUGAAAAUAUUUUAGUGACUUCUACUCAGCAAUACUAUGGCGCUAAACAUGAUAUACCUCCCGAGAUGGCUAAAGAUGCGUUUGUUUUGAAGUUAUGUGAUUACGGUCUAGCCAAAAGUGUGAAAAAUAAGCGAGUCCUUACUCCAUAUGUUUCCACAAGAUGGUAUCGUGCUCCAGAAAUUUUGUUGCGACAUGCAAAUUAUUCGCGGCCAAUUGAUAUUUGGGCCUUUGCUUCUGUUGCGGUCGAGUUGGUCAAUUUUCGGCCGAUAUUUUGCGGCCGAAACGAAACCGAUCAGCUUUGGCAAGUUUUGAAAGUGCUUGGUCAUCCUGGGAACUCACACCGAAACGACAUUGGCGGCAAAUGGCUUGAAGCCAUCGAGCUCUCACAGAAUCUCGGAUUUACCAUGCCCUACGCCAUUGGGAAUUCUAUUCACCACAUUUUACCGUCUCUGUACCAUGAGCUUGCUGAGACUAUAAAGUACUGCUUUUUGUGGGAUCCGGAUUCAAGGCCAACCGCAGAAGAAUUGUUUCGAUCUACGUAUUUCAAAGAAUACAACACACUAGGAAAAGAGAUGCUAAAUCUUCUUCCUACUCCCGUUUCACCGACAGAGUCAUUUGGUGGAGCUUGUGAGGAGUAUGAUGAGUUUGCUUCUGCUUCUGCUUCUCGCGACUGUUCCGAACCUGGAGUCUCUUCCCAUCACGCUCAUGUGCACCCCCGCAUUUCGGGCUUGGGGCAGGAGAUUCAACUAAAUUCAUCUCAAGAGGUCUCCUGCGACUACAAAAUGGUGAGCAAGUCGUACUUCCAAAAGUACACAACCAUUAUUGAUAGCGACAUGGACUCGGACCGGCUGAAAUCAUCGGCGGUGGGGAAGGAAAACGUCGAUGCUUUUUACGAAAACGUAGAUCAUUACGACGAGUCGUUCGCAAAUUCGUCAUUUGAUAGUCACAAAAUCGCAUGCUAG